GCUCCUCGUUACUCUUUUCUCCUCCAAUCAGAAAACAAAUAUCACACGCAAACUUUUCUUCCCAUUUUGGGAGGGAAAAAAAGAAACAUUUCCUUCAAUUUGCGUAUGAAGACGACACGAGACAACUUCGACUACUGAAUAUAAUAAAAAUCGUGCUCUGAACUCGAUGCUAGAGAGAGAAAGGUGGUGAGAAGCGGCGUGGGGGUUAAAUGGCGGCGUUAAAGACUCGGAAUAACUCGCUCGCCGGGCUAACGUUGGACGCUGUUCUUGGCGGCGAAAACGCGCCGCUGGAAACGCAACGCGCUCGCAAAACGCUGCUAGACAUCAUACGGGAGGAACAACUGGAAGGUGACAACAAGGACAGGACGACGUGGAAGACGUUCCGUGAGAAACUGCGUUUGAAACGCACCGGUGCUGCUUGGUCCUCGUCUCAUUAUAUCCCUUUCGCUGAUAUCGUUAUCCCUGAAACCAAACAACACCGCAAAAACCACCGGCACCGGACACACUCAGACGACGAUGACGACGACGACUCCUCGAUUCGGCUGUCGGAUCUUCUCUCCGCCGUUCCGAUGUCGGACCCACCGGGCUCCUCCCGACGCGCCAUGUUCACGCGCGGGUCGUCGAUGCGGGCCGGAUCGGCGAAGGACCCAGACGAUUACGCCGACGUAAGCAUGCCGGGAGACGGACCGCCGUCGGGGAGUCUCAGGCCGCAGUCGUCUCGGCACGACUCGGUCCGCGACCACGGAGACGGACAUGAUGAGAUCGCGCGCCGACAACCAGUUGUCACGUUCGUGGAGGAGAGGACGAUGUCGGCGAGAGAUGCCGUGGCGACGCAGGAGGCGGCGGCCGCCGACGAAGACAAGGAGGACGAUUCGGGAGAGACAGAGGAGAAACCUGCAGUGAUGAUGUCGCUGAUGGAUCUGUUGGAGGAAACAGACAGACAAAUGGGUUUGACGGGAUCUAGAUACGCCAUGGACGAGGAGGAGGAGGAGGAGGAGGAAGAAGAUGAUGACUGUAAUGAAGAAGGAGAUUUCGAUUGCUGCAUGUGUGGGGUGAAGAUCAAAGGGGCAGCGUUCACACCAUGUGGGCAUACUUUCUGCAAGCUCUGCUCUAAGGAGCUUAUGGUUCAGAGAGGUCACUGUCCUGUCUGCACCAGCUUCCUCGUCGAGUUCCUCGAGAUCUUUUAGAUUUCUUUCUUUUUUAUAAAAAAAAAGGUUUUGUGAGUGUGAAUCCAACAAUUCUGGACAUCUUUUUCUUUCUUCUUGAGAAGAUGAUAUUACAUUCAUUAGCAGUGUAGACAAGACGUUUCUGCAUAUGGUAUGCUUAUAAAGCUCGACGGGAUGGUUUCUCCGGCGACGGCGGCGGAUUCAAGAGCGUUAGGGAACAGAGCAAUCUAUGCCGGAGCUUGUUCGCGCGUUUUUUUGCAGCGCUGAGGACUAAAAUGUCAUUUUACCUCCUCUCCCAAGCGUGCUGUUAUAUAUACUCUUAAUCAACGAUUAAAUAUGGAUUAUUUUUUUAAUUAUAUCU